AUCGGGCCUAUCACUUCUGAAAUCUAUAUCUGAAUUCUUGGCAGAACAGAACAGAGAGAAACCCUACCUUGUUUCUUCAACAGCAUUGAGAGAGAGACAGAGAGAAGUCAAAGUUAUUGUCUUGUUUGUUUGUUUGUUUUUUUUUUUUUUUUUUUUUUUUUUUUUUUUUAAUUUUUUCCUGGUGAAAAGCAAGGAACUCAAAUGGCCAAGCGCGAGCUUUCCAGCACCCUGAGGAACUUGAAGUUCAUGCAAAGGGCAGCACUGAGAGAAGAAAAUACCGAGAAAGAUGAAGAUGUCAAGCCUGAUGGGAAUUUCUGUUCCCCUAGUACCUUUAAUAGAAAGUGCGUGGUCAUAAUGGAAGGUGAUCCAAAUCCUAGAGCAAUUAAAGGCCGCAUGUCAUUUCAAAGUUUUAAUCCUUCUAUUGAUGUAAGUAUAAAGGUCAAGUGACCUAAAAUUUACAAUGACUAUUCCCCUCCUCUGCUUCUCUUUUGGCUUCUGUUCUCCUCAUGCAAAGCCUUAUCAUGGUAAAAACUGAAUGAAGCAGCAUUAAACCCAGUGUCUGCCCCUUCUACUGGCAGUCAAAGUGGAGGAAUAUCUUUGAGGUAGGUUAACUUCUCAAAUUAUCUUAUGUUUUUGUUAUUUCUACAAUUAUGUAGCAAAAAUGAGUACUGACCUGCUGUUGAACAACUCAUUUUUGAAGUUUAGAGAUUAUUAUCAUAAAAAAAUUUAAAUUUUGCUCUAAACUGGGUUGAGAAAACUGUUUCAACACUCUGUCAAUGCAUGCUGCAUCUCUGCUACACUUGAGGUUGUCUAUUCAAUCCAAGAAUUUGAAUAUUGAAAUUUUGGUGAUUAUGUUACUGUUGCAUAUAAUAGAAACUGGAGUGCCACUAAAUUGGAAAACAAUAAUUCUUAUUUGUGAUGGAAGGCAUAAAGCUUUGUUGAGUGAAGUUAGGAUUGCUUGGUCAUUCCAUAAAACAUAUGAAAGAAUCAAUGAAUCCAAUUAGCAUGCAUCCCUUCUGAAAAAUUGUAGAUAUUGAAUAAUUGCUCUGGUUUGUUGUGCAGUUGAAAAAUGUGCCAAUUUACUGUACCCAGUUUCAAUAAAUUUAAAUACUUGUUUGUCUGUAUAUGAUGACAGUUUCCCCCCUCAGAAGGCUGUACAGUUUUAUUUAGGGAUUGUAUUUAGUCUGCAUACUUUUUCCAAGUUUGGUAUAAUUUCAUGGGUAAUAUAUGGGUCUGAUGAUAUUUGAGGAUAUAUGUCUAAUAUUACCCAUUUUAAUUGUUAUAUAGAAAGUAGUUUCUUAAAAAGACUACAUUUCUUGUUUUGGGUUCACAAGGGGACUGGGGAGAAUUUGAUGCUGGCUAUCUUCUGUACAACUUAUUGAUUAGAUAAAUUAGUCAAUAGUAAGUAAAAAUUGAAUAGAUCCAUGCGGACAAAUAGGUAAUGAGGGGUGUGAAGAUAAACUUAUGACCAUGUGCUUGCAUGCAUAUCUGGAGAAAAAAUGCAUUUCCGAGUUGUUCUUAUUUGCACUGACGACACAUCUGAUAUUUUUCCUUUGAUUUUACUUAUCAAAAAAGAAAAAAAAAAAAAAAUUUCUUUGAUUUGGAUUUUACAGAGAAAAUGGAUCAUCAAUGGAUGGAGCAGAGAGUUUGAACACUAAUAAAUCAAGUUUUAAGGCCAAUGGAGACCUUAAAAGAAAACAGUCUGAAGUAGCAUCUGAAACACAAUACCCAAAUAAAUCACCAAAAUCCGUACAAGGUAAUCAACAAUCAUCACCAAGUAAUAGUAAAGGCUCCUUCAAGAAACCAAAAGGUUAAAAGCUGGACUGGAGUGUUCUUCGACUGUCAGUGUCAUAACAAAAGAGGGUGAGCACUGAGCAUAUUUAUGUUCACAUACACAAUUCUGUGAAUUUCUUUUCAAUUUGCUUUGAGAUCCCAACAUUUGAAUCCAUAAUCUCCUCUUUGAUUUUUUCUUAACCAGUAGUUAAUUUUAGAA